CACAAAAUCCCGCCUUUAUCUUAGAAGACGCAAAACUUGCGUGACAAAUGACAGAUAUUCGUUUUAACAUAUUGAAUAAUUAAUACGUAUCUAUAUAAACACCUAUACUUAAACUUUACAUUCAAAUAUUAUAUUUGACAAAGAAAUUAAAUAAAAAAUUGAAUGUUUUUCAGAUUUAUAUGAAAAAUAUAGAAGACUCUGACUUAAUAUCUUUACUUGUUAUUGUUUUCCAGAAACUAAGAAAAUAGUUUGUUACUUUUUUGUUUGUUUGUUAAUAGUUUGUAAACGUUGAUAAAUAUGGCAGAUAUGUUAACCAGAGAUGAAAUUAAUGUAAAAAAUAAUCAGAUUUCUAACAAUAUGUACCUACAUAAUUUACAAAUGUAUAGCAUUCCACCAUCUGGGUAUGUCAAAUUAGAAGAAUUACAAGAGUGGUGUGUCAACCGAUUAAAAUUAUUAAAAUUAGUAAAGCAAAUAUCAGUACAAAAUUAUAAAAGAUCAUUUAAACAUUGUUUGAAUGCCUUGAUAAAAGAACUGGAAGGAAAUGAUCUACACAAUUUUUUAAAACUCAUAAGUACACCUGACUGUCAAUUACAAGAAACAAAUAAACAGUCUUUAAGAAGAAAUGAUUGCAUGUCACAUUUCUUAUUAAGAGCUGCAUUUUCUUUUGAACAUAGGAAAAGGCAAUGGUUUUUUGAACAAGAAGUAAACUUAUUCAAAUGGAGGUGUUCUUCCUUAGAUGAAGAAAAUAUGAAAACAUUUAUUACUACUCAUGAUCUUCAAUUUCCAUUUAUUUCUGAAGUUGAAAAACAAAAUAUUAAAGAAGACUUAGAAAUAUCUUGUCCUGAUAAAGAUAUUAAAGAUGUAAAGUUUUAUAAAGCACAUUUUACUAAAGUGCUCAGUUUAGUUAAAAGGCGACAAGUGUUUUUGCAAAAUGGUAUUGCCUAUGUACCAGAAACAAAGAUAUGGUGUUUAAUUCUUUCCAAAUUUAAGAAAAUAUUAAAUGAUGGAUUUUUGUAUGGACGAGAGAUGGCAUCAAAUGCUUAUAAUGAUGAAAGGAUAACAAAUAUUCUUGCUGCACUUCCAAAGUGUAUUAAUACAACACAUUUCAAGUAUAAUAAAUUUAGAGAAGUAACCAUUAGUGAGUUGGAUGAGUUAUCAAGAACAUCUUACCCAUUAUGUAUGAGAAUACUUCAUGAAGCAUUAAAAACAAAUCAUCACCUUACAAAUGGUGGUAGAGUCCAGUACUGUUUAUUUCUUAAAGGAAUAGGUCUUAAUUUAGGGGAUGCAUUGAAAUUUUGGAAAGAUGAAUUUACUAAGAAAAUAAAUGAAGUCACUUUCAAUAAGGAAUACAAAUAUCAUAUACGGCAUUUGUAUGGCAUGGAAGGAAGACAAGCAAAUUAUGAACCAUUUCAUUGUACAAAAAUAUUCAAUUCUACUGUUGGUUUACGAGACAAUCAUGGUUGUCCAUUUAAACAUAUGACUCAUGAUGUUCUCAGAAAAACACUUUUUAAGUGUGGAUUAGUUCACCAAGAUGUGAAAUCAAUAGUGCAACUUUCAAAAGAAGGAUCAUAUCUUCAAGCUUGCAAAAAUUAUUAUGAGAUUACCCAUAAUUGUAUAACUGAAAAAAGUUUUGACCAUCCAAAUGUCUACUUUGAUUACAGCUGUACAAUGUUUGAAAAUAUGUAUUUAGACACAGAAGACUGAAAGAUACGUUUCAUAAAAGUUAACAAAGUGAACAAUGAAAAAUGAAUAUUUUGUUUAAUGCAUUUGUAUAG